AACAGCGCCUCCUCCUCCGCGAUGACCGACUUAGAGCCGCGCGACACGGACUCGGUCGUCGGCGACCUCAACGAGGUUGCGAUGCUCGACGACCUCCAGGUGACCGAGGAGAUCGACCUCGGUCCGGACGACGUGCCGCCGCCGGACGACGAGUCGGAGCUCGGCGACGGCUCCGACCUCAGCGUGCAGUGCCUCCGGGCGCACACCUCGGCGGUGUUUGCGGUCGCGGUGAACCCUGCCCAGCCUCACGUGUUCGCCACCGGCGGCGGCGACGACGUGGCCCACCUCUGGCGGCUCGGCUCAGAGGCGCCCGUGGCCGCGCUGCGCGGCCACACCGACUCGGUCAGCUCGGUCGGCUUCAGCGCCGACGGCUCGUACCUGGCGACGGGCGGCCUCGACGGCGCGGUGCGUGUGUGGGCGGCGGACGGCUCGCUGGUGGUGCUGCUCGAGGGCCCGACGCAGGGCAUCAACUGGGUGUGCUGGCACGCGCGCGGCCACGUCCUCCUCGCGGGCAGCGAGGACGCCACCGCGUGGAUGUGGAAGGUUCCCGAGGGGGCGGUGAUGCAAAUCUUCUCUGCGCACUCCGCGUCCGUCUCGUACGGUGGGUUCGCAAACGGCGGCCGCUCCGUCAUCACCGCCUCCGAGGACGGCACCAUCCGGCUGUGGAACCCUCGCGCCGGCACCGUCGAGCACUGCACGCACGCCUCCCCGCCGCACGAGCCAGAGGCGGUCACCUGCCUGGCGCCGCACCCGUCCCAAGCCGUCUACCUCUUCGGCGUCGAGUCGGGGGCCGUCAAGAUUGCGCACGCCGAGAGCGGCAAGCUGCUCGCCUCGCUGCCCGCGCACGAGGACUCUGUCGAGGCGGCCUCCUUCUGCGAGUGCAUGCCGCUCGCCGCCACCGGAGGCAUGGACGGCAAGCUCUGCAUCUGGGACCUCAACACCUACGGCCUGCGCCACACCUGCCUCCACGGGGCGGGCGUCAUCGAGGCGGUGUGGCGGCGCGGCUCUCCGCUCGUCUUCAGCUGCACCGUCUCAAAGGAGGUGCGGCUGUGGGACGCCCGCUCCGGCGCAUGCCUCAACACCCUGACCGGCCACACCGACGCGGUGCUCUGCCUGGCCGUCGGCUACCCGGAGGCGGGCGCCUACCUCGUCAGCGGCUCGGACGACAACACCGCUCGAGUCUGGGCCCUCGACGUCUGAGCGCAACGGAGAGAGUCACACAUUAUCGCGCGGUCAAUGGUCGUUCUCUCUGAAGCAAAAAAAA